AUGCCCGGCCUCUACUGCCCGGCCAGUUGGACGCCGCUACCGCUCACGGACUCCUGGGUCCGGGCCUGCGCCAACGGCCCCUGCCUCAGCCUGCGGGCGCGGCUUACCUACCGCAACCCGCAGCCGCAGCCCGUGGACGGCGUCUUCGUGUACCCGCUCGCCGAGGCCGAGGUGGUGUCUGGCUUCGAGGCCGAGGCUGCUGGACGCCGCGUGUCCUUCCAGCUGCAGAGCCGGCGCCGCUCGCAGGCCGCCUGCUGCCGCGCGCUGGGGCCCAGCUCGGGGGCGUCCAUUCCCCGCCGCUGCGCGCAGGGUCAUCUUGUCUUGGAUCUGGCCCAGGCCCGGUCCACACUGGUGCUGCCCACGGGCCUGAUUGCCGCGGCUGGCACCAUGACAGUGACCCUGAGCAGCAGCCGGGAGCUCCCCUCCAGGCCCGAUGGGGUGCUGCGUGUGGCUUUGCCCACCGUACUCACCCCACUGGCCCCGCCAGGCCCACCAGGGCCCCCCAGGCCUCCGGGGCUCUGUGACGACAGGUUGGGCCUAUGCCCCACCAGCUGCUUCGGGGUGGGCAGCCCUCAGGAGGAAGGGCUGAUCCACGAGGAGGAGCCCGCUGCCCCUCCAGACGUGUUCUCAGGCCCUGCCCGCUGCCCUGCCCCCUAUACCUUCUCCUUCGAGAUGCUGGUGACCGGGCCCUGCCUGCUGGCAGGCCUGGAGAGCCCCUCACAUGCCCUGCGGGCGGACGCCCCCCCUCAUGCCAGCUCUGCGGCCACCAUCUGUGUCACACUGGCCGAGCGCCACCAAUGUGACCGGCCAUUGGAGAUCCUGCUGCACCCCAGUGAGCCCCACCAGCCACACCUGAUGCUGGAGGCUGGCAGUCUGAGCUCAGCAGAAUACGAAGCCCAGGUGAGGGCCCGCCGGGAUUUCCAGAGGCUGCAGCGGCAGGACAGUGAUGGCGACCGGCAGGUGUGGUUCCUCCAGCGCCGCUUCCACAAGGACAUCCUGCUGAACCCAGUGCUGGUGCUGAGCUUCUGCCCGGACCUGAGCGCCAGUCCCGGACACCUGGGCACAGCUACCCGGGAGCUGCUCUUCCUGCUGGAUGGCAGCAGCACAGCACACAAGGAUGCCAUUGUGCUGGCCGUGAAGUCCCUCCCUUCUCAGACGCUUGUCAACCUGACUGUGUUUGGGAAAUCCUUGCAGCCACUGUUCCCUGAGAGCCGGCCUUGCAGCGAUGACACUGUGCAGCUGAUCUGCGAGAGCAUCGACACCCUGCAGGCAGCACAGGGUCCCCCAGAUGUGCUUGCCGUGUUGGACUGGGCCCUGGGGCAGCCGCAGCACAGGGCCCACCCUCGGCAGCUGUUCCUGCUCACCGCCGCCUCGCCUGGGGCUGCCACCACCCACCAAGCCCUAGAGCUUAUGAGGUGGCACCGGGGUUCAGCCAGGUGCUUCACCUUUGGGCUGGGAGCCGCCUGCUGCCAGCUGCUCCAGGGACUGGCAGUGCUCAGCAGGGGCAGUGCCCACUUCCUGCGGCCCGGGGAAAGGCUGCAGCCCACGCUGGUGCAGGCUGUGCGGAAGGCGCUGGAGCCCGCUCUCAGCGAUGUCUCUGUGGACUGGUUUGUGCCUGACACCGUGGAGGCCCUGCUCACCCCUCGGGAGAUCCCAGCACUCUACCCUGGGGACCAGCUGUUGGGCUACUGUGCACUCUUCAGGGUGGAUGGCUUCCGAACCCGCCCCGUGGAGGCCCAAGAGCCUGGCUGGCAGAGCUUCGGUGGCUCCGUGUUCCUGUCCCCAGAGGAGGUGCCAUCUGUCGCCAGCCCUGGCACGGAGCCCACUGGGACUUCAGAGCCACCAGGAACAUUUGGCACUGUGUCAGCAGAGGUGUCCCACCCAUGGGCUGCCGGGGACUCUGAGCACAGUACGGAUGCUCUGACAGACCCCAUCACGGACCCGGGACCCAACCCGUCCUCCGACCCGGCCAUAUGGCGCCGCAUUUUCCAGUCCUCCUACAUCCGGGAGCAGUACGUGCUCACCCACUGCUCAGCCAGCCCCGAGCCAGGCCCAGGCUCCAUGGGGAGCAGCGAGUCCCCAGGCUCCCAGGGCCCGGGCUCCCCAGAGGGGACCUUUCCCCUGGAUCCCCCUUCUCAGCAGGGCUUCCGCAGCCUGGCCCGGGGGGAACCCGUGGGCACCCGAUCCUGCCCACUGCCUGCACCCCCACAAGCUUCAUUCAAGGCAGGAGCCCUGAGUGCCGAGGUGUUGGGCCGUCGGUGCAGAGCAGCUCUGGCCGGCCGAAGUCUCUCAUCUCCGCCAGGUCGGGCAAACCCAGUGCCUGGCCACCUUCGGCACCCAUCUCUGAGUGCAGUACCAGAUGGGGCUGGCCCAGAGCCUGCCCAGCAGCUGGGUCAGGGCCUGGAUGACUCAGGAAACCUGCUUUCCCCCGGGCCCCUGGACUGGGACAUGUUGAUGGAGCCACCCUACUUGUUCACGGCUGUGCCCCCCUGUGAGGUGUCAGCCCUUCCGGCUGAGCCACUGCCCCCCCAGGCUCCCCGUUGCCAUGUGGUGAUCCGGGGCCUGUGUGGGCAGCAGCCUAUGUGCUGGGAGGUGGGUGUUGGGCUCGAGACCCUGUGGGGGCCCAAGGAUGGCCCAUCGCCUCCAUUGCCCCCUGGAAGAGAGGCAGCCUGGGACCAAGCUCUGCACCGGCUGACAGCGGCCUCCGUGGUUCGGGACAAUGAACAGCUGGCUCUCCGAGGAGGGGCUGAGACUGUGGCUGACCGAAGCCAGGCGCGGAGGUCCUUGUUCCGAGCCCUACAGACGAGCAAGGUCAGCUUGGCCCCCUCCUGCUUCACUUGCCCUGUAGCUGUGGACGCUGCCACCAGGGAGGUGCUGCCUGAGGCCCUGCAGGUGCGGAGCUCAGAGCUGGCAGGGCCCCAAGGAGUGGCUGCAGCAUCUCUGACCACAGCUGUCCCCGCUGAAGAGAGGCUCUCUGCAGACACCCGGGACCUGGACCACGGUGGCAACUCCCAGUUGACCUCUGGGGAGCCCACAACGCCCGCGGGGGGCCCUCGCCGCGCGCCCCCCCAGCCUCCCUCCAGGCUCAGCCUGGGCCGCCACCACCAGAGCAGCCCGGACUCGGACCAGGCCGGCGAGGGCCGCGGUGCAGGCAGUGCCCAUGACUACCUGCCCUUGGUGCGGCUGCAGGAGGCAACCGGCUGCUUCCGCCUGGAUGCGCCCUUCUGCGCCGCAGUGCGCAUCCCGCAGGAGCGUCUGUGUCGUGCCUCGCCCUUCGCUGCGCACCGCAGCAGUCUCAGCCCCGCCUCGGUGGCGUCGCCCUGGGCGCUGCUGGGCCCGGGGGUGGGCCAGGGCGACAGUGCCACGGCCUCCUGCAGCCCGACGCCCAGCUCAGGAUCCGAAGGCCCCGGCCAGGCAGAUAGCGGCCGGGGCUCCGACACCGAGGCCUCGGAGGGGGCGGACGGGCCGGGCGGCACAGACCUGCGGGGCCGCAGCUGGGCCACGGCCGUGGCGCUCGCGUGGCUGGAGCACCGCUGCGCAGCCGCCUUCGGCGAGUGGGAGCUGACAGCGGCCAAGGCCGAUUGCUGGCUGCGGGCCCAGCGCCUGCCCGACGGCCUCGACCUGGCCGCGCUCAAGGCUGCUGCCCGAGGGCUCUUCCUGCUGCUGCGCCACUGGGACCAGAACCUGGAGCUCCACCUGCUGUGCUACAGCCCUGCCAAUGUGUGAGGGCCGCGCCACCCCAGGCACCACCUUCCUCACUGCCGCCCAGGGCCGGCCUUGGCUCUUGGGAAAGAUCGGUGUGCUGGUGCCAGCCUGGCCUCCACCGCUUCCAUCCUCCCUCCAGGCCCUGGCCCUCAUGAGAAGUGCCUGCCUGUGUCCCUCCCCGUGCACGCUGAGCUCCCGCUGCAGUGUGAGGGGAGUGAGCCACAGUCCCAUCCCACGCAAUAAAGUGCCUCCUACAGUAA